AUGGCGGGAACGACACGGAUCCACAUCUUGGGUGCCGGGUACCUGGUGGCCUUUGGAUACUCCAUGCUGCAGGGGAGCCACCUCCUCCUACAGCCUGUGAAGAUCACUGUCUGGCCACGGGACUGCCCGGUCGCCUACUCGGCUCUGCUGAUUGCUGUGAAGACGUUCCUGUCGGUCGGCGCAUGUGUGUACCUGGAGGCUUUACUCAUCUCCCACGGCUGGCUGGUCCACAGUUUCGGCCUGGACUGCACGGUCCCAGGGUACCAGUUAGAGCCAGCCGAGCCGCCGCUCUGGGAAGCCACCUGGCCCCCUGUCCUCCUCUGGACUUCCUUGCCACUUCAGAAGUGGCUCUCACCCAGACCCCGGGCCCCAGACCCGUCCUCGGGACGCCCCUGCCCCCUGCAACAUGAGCGCUGCUGCCCCAACGAGCUGGAGCAGUCGGACAGGAUUUACCGGAGCCUGUGGCGGCGGGUGAAGCCGACCCUCGCCUUGCACCAGGCGGCGUGGCCAGCUCGGAGACGCUGCCGGGCGGUGCUGUGCGACCUGCAGCCGCUGGCCCUGUUCUUGCAUCGCUCCACCGUGAAGGGACUUACUCCCUCCUCCCCACGGAAGGCUGGACUGGACGGACCCUCCAGAUCUACCACUCCAUCCACCGGUUCUUCUCUCCACCGGUUCUUCUCCAACCUCCUCCGGCCGCCAGCCAGCUGGGUGUGCAACGUGUACACCCUCGCCUUCCUGGUGGAGAUGCUCAACUUGGCCGUUGUCCUCUUUGGCUACUGGGCCUUUGGGAAACACUCAGCCGCUGACCUGGCGGAGUCGCUCUUGGAGGAGCCGGUGCCCAAGGCCUUCCUGGCGAUGGGGCUCAUCCAGUUUGGCACGAUGCUGGGGGACCAGGCCCUCUACCCGCGGAAGGCCUUGCUGGGGAAGUGUGCCUUCCAGGUCCUCGGAGUCCUCCGCACCCACUUCUGGCCCUUCUUCGUCCUGCCUGGUGUCACCAAGAGGAGGUUUAAUCUCAACCACGUGGCUCAGAUCUGGUACCUGGUGAAAUGCAUCUACUUUGGCCCGUCCGCCUACCGGAUCAGGUGCGGCUACCCAAACCAGAUCCUCGGAAAUUUCCUGACCAAACACUUCAACCUCAUCAACCUUAUCUUGUUCAAAGGGUUCCGCCUGGUACCUUUCCUGCUGGAGCUGAGGGUCGUCAUAGACUGGGUGUGGACUGACACUGCCCUCAACCUGUCCAAUUGGAUAUGCCUGGAGGACGUGUAUGCCAACAUCUUCAUCAUGAAGUGCUACCAGGAGUCCGAGAAGAAAUACCGCCGGCCGCCUGGGCGGCAGCAGAAGAAAGCCGUGAAGUACAGGGUUGGACGCAUCGCCAUGUGCGCUUUGGUCUUCCUUAUGUGGUUCCCCCUGGUUUUCAUGGCCCUGUUGAAGACAGUGGGUGGGGUGACCAACCAGCCCCUGGAUGUGUCGGACGAGAUCGCCAUCAACAGCUACAAGGUGGCUGGAGGGGAGGGGGGAGGCCGGCGGAGGCCCUCACGGCCAGCCCGGCGGCCGAGUGUCCAGGAGUGGCGGCCAGGCUGUGACCAGAGCCGGGGCUGCGGCCAGGACAUGGAGCUGGUCAUCUUUCACGACAAAGUCAGCCCCCGGAGACUGGACUUCCUGGCGGGAUACAGCCUCGUCGGGCUCUACGUGUCGGUGGUGAUGGUCGCGGCCAAGUUCAUCCACGAGCACUUCCCCGGCAUCGCCCGGUCCAUCAUGUACGACCAGCUGCCCGACGUGGUCCACGUGCUCGGGCUCUGCGCUGCCGUCUUCCCGGUCCGCGAGCUGGGCAAGCUGCAGCUGGAGCAGAAGCUGCUGGCCAGGCUCAGCUUCCUGUACCGCUCGCCCGAGACCACGAUCAAGUGGACGCAGCGGCGCCUGCCGGCCCCAGCCACCCUGUUGCCGGGGCUCCAGAGGGGCCAUGGGAAGCAGCCGUCACGUCCUCAGGCCCUUUGGCCUCGAGAAGCAGGGUCUUUGCCUCAGCCCUGGGUCCCCCGAUGCCAAGCCCUUGCAGCUGCUCCCCAGCUGAGUCCCCGGGCCUGAGGCCGCCUUUGUGCCCACACAAGGGAGACUCAGUUCCUCCCGGCUCCCUGACCCUGCAUCCUGCAGCCUCUGUGGGGGGUGUGGGGGGGGACAGUGCCAGCUGCCUGGAGGAGGAGCUGGGCCACCUCGGUGAUCUCUGGCUCCUCCAGGGCUUCUCGGGGGAAGCUGGAGCGAGCUGCCUCCUUCAAGACCAUUAAGCACGCUAAUGACCCGUGAAGGCUCCUGGCCCCUCCGGCCCCCGCGCCUCCCUGAGCUCACAGCGUGGCCCGCCGAGCACCCUGUGACCACUACUACUGCGACUUAACACGUGGGCCAUGGUUUUCCCAGGCGGGGCUGUGCCCACAGCAGGCAGUCAUUAAAU